AUGCCUCUACAUGCCUGCAGGAGCGAGUCUGCGUCGUACAUGUGGAGCAGCGUGCCUUCAAUGGGGGACACGCCUCCACACGGCUGCUGCCACUCGCUGGUGAACUACAAGGAUGAGUUUCUCAUCCUCUUCGGCGGUGGGGCGCUGCACUAUGCGUAUAACGAUGUUCACUUCUUUGACCUCAAGAAGAAGAGGUGGUCGUAUAAGGAGACAAUCAACAGCGAAGUAGUUGCACCACGCAUCAGUCAUUCCGCCGUGGUGUACGGUGACAACAUGUACGUAUACGGGGGGCAGGAUGUGUUUCUGCCCACUUUUUUUUCGGAUGUUCUUGUGCUAAAUCUUAUCACCUUCACGUGGGCGCGCCUCCACCAGGCACCGCCGGAGCCGGAAGGUCCUGGAGAUCGGCGGUUGCACACUGCCCACAUCUACCGCAAUCAUAUGUAUGUUCUCAUGGGGGAUCCAUGCAACACACCGCCCAAUUUCUGGUACUUAGACCUCAACACACACAAAUGGUACGCGGUACGGUCGCCGGGGACCUUCGGGAAACCGGUUCUCCCGCUCCUCGGCCACAGUGCGCAGGUGGAGGGCGACCACCUGUACGUAUUCGGUGGCUACCGUGCCAGAAACGAGCCAAAUACUAGCAGCAUGGUUUAUAGCAACUCGCUCUUCUGUUACCACUUCCCAACGAACACGUGGCGGGAGGUGCUAACACGGUCCGGGCCGCGACCGGCGCCGCGCUACGCGUCCGCGAUGGUGGUGGUGAGCGGCCGCGUGUAUAUUCACGGUGGCGACACCGACGGGGAGUUGUACUUUGACGACUUUUGGUGCAUCGACACGGCGCCCGCGGUGUCACGGUGGGUAGACCUCACGGUGAACUGCGGCAUGUCCCGCCCAAGCGCACGCAGCGGCCACGCCUCGGCGCUCGCGCAGGGAUCAUUUUUUGUGUUUGGUGGAGAACUUCCGGGCGACGCAAAUGUUGUAUACUACUCCAACCGCUUGUACCACUACCCAUUAGGUCUCUUUACACAUUUGCCACUGGCCGAAUUAUCCUCGCGCUGGCUGGCCAAAUCCAACCAGGUGAACCUGCGAGUGUUGCACGAUAGCAUUCCGUUUGUGGCGAAGAGGAUUCUAGCGCAAAAUACACCAAUUCAGACAGGGGAGGAGGGAGAUGAGCUGAUGCCUUGCAUGAGGAUGGCGUGA